UUUCCAUAACUUUCCGCCUAUAGAUACAGUGUAUCUAUAGAUUUCCCUAUUUGCCAAACCCUGCUCUAAACCCUAGCUACACCCCUUUCUUAAUUAUAACUUAAAUCCAUCGAAAAAAUUGGCAAAAUUUGGAAAGCCCUGGUUAUUCUACUCUAAUUGAACUAAAAAAUUAUCUUUGUGUUUUCUUUUUGAUUUCUAUUUAAUUGGUGAUUAGGGUUUUUGGAAAUGGUUGAAAAUCAGAAUGGAGGAGGGCAAAAAUAAUUGUAAUAUAGUUAAUGUCGGCAAUGGUGAUGGUAAAAGUAAGGAGAAUGGGAUCUCCGGCAGUGAAGGCCGCCCGCCCAACCCUCUGGCGGCCGUCUACCGCCAGUGCUUGAGUUCCGGCGACCCGCUUGGCGACGCUUCUUGUAAGAAGUCCCUGGUUCGACAUCCUUCCUUGCAGGUCAAGACAAGGAUGUUGGAUAUAUCUGUAGAAGGACUUAAUAUAAAUGAUUGUCCAGCAGAUUAUGUUCCUAGUCUUCGCUCUGGUGCAUGGUCAGACAUUGGUGUUCGCUCCUCAAUGGAGGAUGUGGUUGUUCGUGCUGACAAUUUUGUGCAUCAUUAUGGGUUGAAGGAUUCUGACCAAGGGCCUAGUGCCUUCUAUGCGGUUUUUGAUGGACAUGGUGGGAAGCAUGCAGCUGAUUUUGCAUGUGAUCAUUUACCAAGGUUCAUUGCAGAGGAUGAACACUUCCCUAGGGAGAUUGAGAGGGUUAUUUCGUCAGCAUUCCUGCAAACUGAUAAUGCUUUUGCUGAAGCUUGCUCUUUGGAUGAUGGUCUUGCCUCUGGUACAACUGCUUUGGCAGCUCUUGUUAUUGGGAGUUCAUUGGUGGUGGCAAAUGCCGGAGAUUGCCGAGCAGUUCUUUGUCGUCGGGGUAAAGCAAUUGAGAUGUCAAGGGACCACAAACCUCUUUGCUCCAAGGAGAAAAAGCGUAUUGAAGCUUCUGGAGGAUAUGUAUAUGAUGGAUACCUCAAUGGACAGCUCAAUGUUGCUCGUGCUUUGGGUGACUGGCACUUGGAUGGGAUGAAAGGCAGUAAUGGUAGCCCUCUCAGUGCAGAGCCUGAACUUAUGAACACUAUACUGACAGAGGAGGAUGAGUUUCUUAUCAUUGGCUGCGAUGGAAUCUGGGAUGUCUUUAUGAGUCAAAAUGCCGUGGACUUUGCUCGUCGAAGGCUUCAAGAGCACAAUGAUCCAGCGAUGUGCAGCAAGGACCUUGUUGAUGAGGCUUUGAAGAGAAAGAGUGGAGACAAUUUAGCUGUAGUUGUAGUAUGUUUCCAGCCACGGCCACCUCCUAACUUGAUUGUUCCCCGAGGGAGAGUACAUAGGAGUAUAUCUGCCGAAGGUCUAAAGGAAUUGCGAACUUUCUUGGAUCAAUUGGAUGCAUGAGAUGGUGGUGAAGGUGUCCUUAUUCUCGUCUUUCUGCCUCCAUCUCACCCUUCCCCUCCCCUUCCCUUCCAUAUUUUUACAUCUAAACCAGUCUUUUUUGGCUUUAUUUCCUCUCUAUUUCUCAGUCUAUGGAUUUUACUUUGUUUAUUGUACCUGUUAGGUUAUGUGAGAGGAUGUAUCGUCCAACUGUAACAUAUGCGGCAGGAACACAAUUUUUGUUGUUUAUUUCCCCUCGAGCACACAUUGUGUUAAGUUAGUGAUCUUCAGGAUACAUUGAUAAUGGAAUUUGUUUGAACAUUUUGUGGAGUCUUUUUGCUA